UAUUCUGGUGAUUCAUUUUCAAUAUUUCACCGGAUCUUGUCAUAAUUCAACUCCUUCUUUCCUAUUGAGCAUGAAAAAUGCAUUGUUCAAGCCUUUAUCAAACCUAAACUUGUCAAAAAGAACUUGGAUGUGAAUAAGAACUUACUAUUCACUAUAUUUACCAUUUCUUCCUUUAUGUUAUCAAAAUUGAUGUUUCAUCUGACCACCUACCUUGUUUAAGCCACGUACAGUCAAUGGACAUAACCUCUUGACGUAAAUAGCAGGUGCGUACAAUCUACCCACUAAGAAGUCAGUAUUAAGAGUAUAGAUAAGAUACACAUAUGGAGAGCUGACCUAGCUUCAUAGCAGAGUAUAAAUUUGCAAGGAAAAGUGCAAGAAAAUUAAACAGUGCCCAAAGAUUUUUGAAUUUUGGACAAGGAUAUCUAUAUUGAAGAUUAAUUAUGACGGCCCAACAUAAGCAAGCACAUGGCAGAACUGAGGCUGAGUGUGAAUUCAGUAACUUAAUGGAAAAUGAAUUGGAACUGAUGGAAGCAGAAUUAUUACAUUUAAAGGAGAUAAUUAUUUCGCGAAAAAAUGAUAGAAUGAUGAUUAAGCAAAUGAUUCCCUUGAUCGAAAUAGAUUCUGCUCAAGAAUCAAUAAUUGAAGAAUUCUGUGAAAGGCUAGAAAGAGAAUGUGAAAAAGACAUGUUGCAAUCAGACAAGGAUGGUCUAUUUUCCAAAAUAAGCAAAUUCCAAGAAUUGUUAGCAGCAUUUAAAAGUGUUUAUCAAAAAGUUUUUACUAAAGAAGCUGAAAAAUCAGAAUUUCUGAGUGGACUGACAGUAAAACAAAGAUGGAUAACCUAUGUUUUGGAAUUGGAGCUAACAAGCGAAAAACAAGGGAAAGAACAAAGGGAGAAAAAGAUUUCAGAACAAAAAAAAGAAUUAGACUGCGCUUGGAAAUGUUAUGAAAGGCAAAAAUCUCAAAUUGAAGAUUUCCGAAGACGGAUUCAUAAAAGAGAAUUUGAGUUGAGAAGUAUAAUAACAGAAUUUAAAAAGAAAGAAGAAGCAAGAAAAGAAUUGCAGUUUAAAAAUUCUAGUUUGAAUUUUGAACUUCUGAAUCUUAGAAAGGACCUUGCAGCCUUUAAAACUGAUUAUCAGAAGGUAAUUGGAGAGAAAGAAGUGUUAAAACAAAGACUGGCGGAAGUUGCAUGGAAUUCAGCUGAAAAAGGCGAGGCAAAAGCUGCUGAGCGGACAGAAAAACAAGUGAAAUUGGAGACUAUUAAUGAAACUAAACUCAAUGCUUCCCAAAGACAAACGAGUGAGAGAAAUGAGUCAGAUGAUGAUUCCAUUGAAGAGUCAAGUAAUUGGGAGAGUGAAUUGGAUGAAAUUUUAUCCAGACUAGAAGAAGGAAGAAUUUCAAACUAUGAACAGCAAUUCAAAAACAUGAAGAACUCUGAGGAUGAUAAUGCAAUAUCAAGACAAAUCACCUUAAAGAAUCCGCAAUCCAGAUUGAACAGUCAGCAAAACCAGUUUUACUGAGCGGUUGAUGUUCCAGCUAAGCAUACGCUUAACCAGCUUGUUAAUACAUGAAAAUCAUUAAACGUUGUAAAUUCUUUAAAUCUAUAAACAAAUUCACUGGCUUU